GGCGCCGCCAUGGUGCUCAUCAAGGAAUACCGUGUUAUCCUGCCCGUGUCUGUGGAGGAGUAUCAAGUGGGGCAGCUGUAUUCGGUGGCAGAAGCCAGUAAAAAUGAAACUGGUGGAGGUGAAGGAGUGGAAGUCCUGGUGAAUGAACCCUACGAGAGAGACGGAGAGCGUGGGCAGUACACACACAAGAUCUACCAUUUACAGAGCAAAGUGCCAACAUUUGUGAGAAUGCUGGCCCCUGAAGGAGCUCUGAAUAUACAUGAAAAAGCAUGGAAUGCCUAUCCCUACUGCAGAACUGUUAUUACAAAUGAGUAUAUGAAGGAUGACUUCCUGAUCAAAAUUGAAACCUGGCAUAAAUCAGAUCUUGGAACGCAAGAGAAUGUCCAUAAACUGGAGCCAGAGGUAUGGAAGAGUGUAGAAGCCAUUUAUAUAGACAUUGCUGAUCGGAGCCAAGUACUCCCCAAGGAUUACAAGGCAGAAGAAGAUCCAGCAAGGUUUAGAUCUGUCAAGACUGGCCGUGGACCUCUGGGUCCCAACUGGAAGAAGGACCUGGGGAAGCAGUCAGAUUGUCCAUACAUGUGUGCUUACAAGCUGGUAACAGUCAAGUUCAAGUGGUGGGGUCUGCAAAAUAAAGUGGAGAACUUUAUACAGAAGCAAGAAAGGCGGCUCUUCACAAACUUCCACCGGCAGCUCUUUUGCUGGCUUGAUAAGUGGGUUGAUCUGACUAUGGAGGACAUCCGUAGGAUGGAGGAGGAGACCAAGAGACAGCUGGAUGAGAUGAGAGAAAAAGAUCCAGUGAAAGGAAUGUCAGCUGCAGAUGACUAAUAUGACUCCUUCCUUGUGCACUUUUGCAAGACAGUCGUCGGGAAGGCCCAGGGAAUCCACACCCUUGACUGACGGACCAUCUCUGGAUCAAGCCUUUCUCUGUCACACCGGCAGGCGAUUUUAAACCUCCCAUAGCUAAUUCUAGAUGCCCCUUAAUAUUGUGAGCAAAUAGACAGUCUGGUACUAAGCACUCCAGUGUUAGCACGUGUGUCCCCAGGAGUUUCCUCCUGGGAGCCGUGUGACUUAGAGAUCGCUGUAUUUAUGACUCCUCCCUUCUCUUUUUUUCAUUGUGUUCAGACCAAUUUCCAUGUGGCCCUGUUUGAUUUCCAAGUGACAUUUUUAGCUCAAAUAGUCUUGUGAUGUGGUGACUUAGAGUUUUUUUGUUUUGUUUUAGUUUUUUGUUUUGUUUUUUUUUUCCCAAGUGGGAUAAACUGCCACCUUUGUUUAUGCCCAGCCCUUCACUGUUCUUUAAAUGUCUGUUUGGAGAGGGAAAUUGUCCAUAUUUAAAAGUGUAAAAUUUUUCUGAAAAUGUUCUGUUCUCACCCUUGCUCCCGCAGGGAGAUAUUUAAUGGCAGGUAACCAGAGUACAAAAUGAAGAACAGCCAGAGAGUUCUUGGUUUGAGAUGAGUUGUGAUUUGUGGCUUCUGCAGGGCAUUACUUUGUUCUGUCUUAACAAACAUGAAUUAAAGACUGCCCAGAAGCUGCAGCCAGGCCCUGUACUGGGACCUUCAGCACUUACCUGUUGAGUUUCCAUUUUAGGGUCUCUCUGGCCCUUGUAUCUCUGUUGUCCUCCAGCUGUACACAUCAGUCUUACAAAAUCUUUCUUGACAUAUGUUGCAACUUCCUGGUUCUUUAUUCAUUAAGACUUCCCAUAACUUACAAAGCUGGAAUGGUUUUGACUAAUGACAAUGUAAUUCUCCCUGGACAAAUUGGAAUGUUGCAAAGGCUGGUGUGCAAGUGAGGUCUUGGCAUCUGGUUACAUCCAGGUGCCUGGAGUGAUGGUUCUGCUCAGCAAUAAUAUUCUUCCCAUUGCAAGACUGACUAAAAUAUCUCUUUUUGUGCUGUAAGAAAAGCAACUUAAAGACCUGCAGUUGUCUAGGAUAUCUGUUGGUUAUUAUAAAUCAUAGAGGAUACUGUUAAUGUAAAGAGCUCUUAUUAUUUGAUGAACUCAAAUAUUUACUGUAACUGUCCUUAUGUUGAUAUCAGCUUUAGACAAUCAACUCAGCAGAACAGAAUCAAGGAAAUGCUGCUUUCUUCAAUACAUAUGAGAAAAAAAAAUCCUACUUUGCUUAUCCCUAAGGCCCAAUGUUUGAUUUUUUUUUUUCCCCUUACCUAGUAGUAAUAACUUUAUUUUCCACUUCUGUGUUUGGCAGCACUAACAUGAAAUCUUGUAUGCCAAACAGUUGUGGGUGUAUCACUACUUUUGAGGAGUGAUUUUAGCAUUCUGUACUACACUGACUCCUCCAGCCCUUCCCACUCCUGCAAGCAGGAGAUCCUGAAAUGAUUGCAUGCCCUGCUGAACAAGGCUGUGCUGGGAUCAAAGCUGUUUUCAGUGUGAAGGAAGAUGGGAAUGCUCUGGAGGGAGAGGAUGGCAUUUGGUUUGUGGGGAGGGGGCAG